UCGUUUAAUAAACGAGUAUCGCGUCGAUGACGACAUUUCCCUCGAGGGAUGUAUCGUCGAACCUUCCUCUCCCUCUGCGCCAUUUUUCUCUCGUUCGUUCCCGUCUCGAUCGCGCAGAACGGCCAAGAGCACCGAGCCGACGUUGCCGUUGUCGCUGUUUCUGCUUCCCCAGAGGACAGACCGUAUCGGUUCGCCAUCAACAUCCUCGAUUUCCAGCACAAACACGAGAACAAAGGUAUGGAGUAUGGAUUCGUAACCGUGGACGGGAUGUAUCGCGAAGUUCCUUCCCCAAAAAGGGACAAAAACGAUAAUUUCGUUGCGACCAGGACAAGGCGUUAUAAAAGAAUCAAAACUCUGAAAGAUACGCAAGGGAUAUUGAAAAAUAGGGCGAAAGGUGGGAGGAAGCUGAAGGAGGCAAUAACGAGGGCGUGUCGGAGAGUCGCAGGAAAGGACAAGGCUGGAGAUGUUGCCGGCACGCGGAAUACGAUUGCGAAACCGUCGACUUCCGAUCCUUUGUUGGAAAGGAUGAGGGGCGCGUUAAUGGAAAAGGAGAGAGAUGACGGCUCGUCUCGAGAAUGGAACAAGAGUUUUUUAAAGAUACGAGAGGGAAGGGUCCGGCUGAUGAGAAACGUGAUCGAUCCCGCGACGAGGAAUUCGACGAAGAAGAGAUUGGAGAAGAAAUUUAUUUCUCGCGAGAGGAAUUCAUCCGAGAGCGUUCGAUAUCGUUUCAAUUGCUACUACAAGUUCGCACGAUUAUCGAAGCGAUAUCGAGAACACGAAUUAUUGAAUUAUUUGCCCAACGAAUUUGAUCAUCGACCCAAUGUUUCUUUCGUUAACGCGACCAACGAGGAAUCGCGACGACUCAAAGGGAGUUUCCUUCUUUUAUUGAUCUGUCAACGCGAUUUCACUACGGCCCCGUGCCUCUUCCUAGCUUAA